AUGGAGUUGUCCUUCCAGCCUCAUCCUCAGGGUACACCUGUGGUCGGCGGGACAGUUUGGUUCAACCGAGACGUCGGCGGCAUUGUCUGCGCAUGCAUUGCUCAGGCGACCAUCUUCUUCUCGUGCUACACCGUAUGCACUUGCAUUUUCUUCAGGUGGACGACCCUGGGCCUCUCUCGGUACGGACUCGCACUGCUUCUUCAGCUCGUGUCAGUUCUUGCGUCUCUCUGUCACUUGAAGUGUCUCUUCUCGGAUCCUGGAGCUGUUCCCUUUCUCCCUCUCCCGCCGGCGCUCUCGGCUCCUCCCGCGCCUUCUGUGUUGUCGAGGAGCACAGGGCGCUCGACUUCUCAAGAGACGCAAGAGCCGACAUGGAGAAAGAGCUGCUCCGAAACAGAGUCUCCUUUCUCCAGAGAGGACGACUGGCCAGACGCAGACGACGAGGCAAACGGCAUGCUCCUUCGUCACUCUUCGUCGCGGGAUGGAGCAGCGGCGCCUGCUCGCUCUUCUGCUUUCGGAGCUGUUCAGACGGAGACAGUGAUCUCCGUCUCUCCGGAAACAGCUGUGGGGUCUGCAGGGCCUCGCGGCCGAUCCGGAGAUCUGCGCGGAGACAGCACGCGCGAAGGAGAGGCGAGGAGAGAGGAACAGGGCGAACGAGAGGCCUGUGACUUUGCGGCAACGGACACCGAGUUGAAGAGCGAGAGAGAGAGAGAUAGGUAUACCUGGUUGAAGCUCGAUAGAACCAGCGUGGAAAGCUCUGCAAGGGGAGUCUCUGAAAGCAGUUCGUGCUGUCGAGGGUGUUUUCGACCUGGUCGGAGAGCAAGGAGAAGAGAGCUGACUCAAAGGUCUCAGACAUUUUUCGACGACGAGGCGCCUUGCGACGAGGAGAGUGAUCGACGGAACAACGGGGGACUGCAUGCGCGCCACAGAGAAGGGGAGCCGCGGUCAGAGACGGUUUUGAAGGCGCUGGGAGAUGUAGAGGAAGAAGGCGAAAAACGCGCGAAAGAAAAGAAAGAAAAAUGGAUUUUGAGAGCUCGGAGACAAGUCCACCUUCUCCUCCUCGCGGGGCUUCCUGGAAGUCUGCGCCUGCUCGCAGGUGCUCUUGUCGCUCUUCUUGUGGCCGUGAAAAAGGCCUUUCUCUUCUUUGCAACGUCGCCUGCCUUCGCCUUCGAGAUGCCUUCCGCCGAGGAGAGCCUCGAGCGCGGCCUCCACCCGCCGAGUUGCCGCAAAUGUUGCAGCCUCAAGCCGGCGCGCGCCCACCACUGCUCUGUCUGCCAGAGGUGCAUCCUAAAGAUGGACCAUCACUGUCCUUGGGUGAACAAUUGUGUCGGCCAGACAAAUCAAAAGUUCUUUCUCCUCUUCCUGGUCUACGUGAACGCCAUGUGCACCCUGUGCAUGGGGGCCCUCCUCGUGCGGACCGUCUCCUUCUUGCAGGAGCAGCCGCCGCCCCUCCCGCCCGGCUUAUAUUCGAAGACUUUGGGGGCCGGGUUCGCAGGUCCGAAGGACAGCUGGUUGGCCAAAGGAGAAGAGAAGGAAGAGCGAGCGCCGGCUUUCGCCGAGCCGGGGCGACAGGCGGAGCAGACAGAGAAAGUCCCGUCAGUCUCUACGCUGCAGCUGGACGAUCCUGAGGAAAGCGAAGGUGGGGAAAGGGAGAAAGAGGAAACAGAGGCAAAGCGGAAACGGAGGAGUCGAGGAGACGAAAGCGAGCCAGACCUCCGCAGCUCCCCGGACGCAAUCCAGAGCCGGAGGCGAGGCGGAGGCAGACACCAAGGCAGCGGCGACGAAGGAGAACAGAGAGAAGAAGAGGAACAAGAGAGAGGAGAAGAACAAGCGAGACAAGAAGGAGAACAAGCGAAAGCAGAAGAAGGAGAACAAGAGAGAGACAAAAACGGGGCGACGCUGCCAGAGGAGCGUGGAGGACUCGGCGCGGCAGAGGGAGAGAGAAGAGAAGAUGGAAAGGAAGAGAAGAAGAAGAGUGUCAUACCUUUCUCAGCAUCGAGAGAUGCUGGAGAGGAGGCAGCACAAAAAGAGUCUCCACCUGCGCCGUCAGAGUCCUCAGAAGAGAGAAGUGGAGGAGAAUCGGAACCACCCGUCACUCGCGUGUAUCACGGUCGAAGGAACUUCCUUGCGCUUCCCAGCUUAACGCGGGGUCUGGAUGUCUUGUUGGAGCACGCUGCUGCUGAAGAGGCAGGCAUCGGAGGCUCGUUUUUCAGAAGAGAACAAGCAGAGAGAGAUCUGAGAGAAGACAGCAGAGAGGCAGUGGCGUCCUUCUUCAGUCAGAGAAGAAACCGAGGAACAGCCGAUCAGACGUCAUUUCGAAUCGUUCGUGAGCCUCUCUCUCUCCCGUGUAACUUGGAGCCUCUGGAAGCCGUUGCAUGCAUGUUCGUUUUCAUGUUUGCCUUCGUCUUCGGCCUCUUCACACUCAUCAUGUUUUUCGACCAGCUGUCGGCGAUUCGCGCGAACACCACAGGCAUCGAAAUCCUGAAAAGAGAAACACAAGAAACAAGACCUCUCUCGUCGUCCCUGGUCGAUGUGUGUGGCGCUGCUCCGUCUUGGCGGUGGUUCCUGCCUGUCAAUCGCUUUUUUCUCGCGCUUCCUGACGAGAGCGCCCACCCGCCUCUGCAGCUCUACUCUCUUCGCCGUUCUCUCCGCCAGGCUGUCUCUCCUCUCUCCCCUGCGCAGGAGGAAGCAGUGGAAGCGGCGGCUGCAUCCAUGGAGUCGAGCACAGAACCUGUCGCGAGUUUCCGCGAGCCAGCGAAGGAAGGAGAGGAAGAAGGGGAGAAACAACAGCGCGAACGACGCGUCCAAGAUGCUGCUGUCCCCGCUGUCGCGUCUGCUCCACUCUCGCCUCUUCCCUGACGCGACGCGGCACAACGGCAGCCAGGGCAGCCAGGACUCCGAAGUGAAACUUCCGCUGUCCUUGAAAGAAACAAUCGCCUGCGUCGCCCGUCUCGCUCCCGACUGACAACGCCGAUGUUCAUCUCGUGUCUCGUUCUUCUUCACCUCUCUCGUCGCUCUCUCGUUUUCCAGCAGGCCUUCUGCUGUUUUUUUGGAACGCCCAACUUGGGGCCGCCCUCGACUUUCAGCGACGACAAAACGGAGCCGAGGCGGAGUCUGUCUCCUCUUCACCACCAAGAAAAGUGUAUAUGAA